AUGGCAACACUAGCCGCAGCGGUGGUGGCCACGAGCGAGGUCAUGGACAGUGGCAAUAGCGAUGAUGCCCAAACCAGCUCAAGCCUCAACAGUCGAAGCAGCAGCGUCGACUCUGCGCGCGCCGUAGCAGCUGCGCGUGCAUACGACACCGCUGCCAUCGCCAUCAUUCCUGGCCUCGUCGUACCACUCACGAGUGCCUCCUCCCAGGGUGGCUGUGCUGCCCUCGCGUCUGCUGUUGCCUCUUUACAAGCGUUAGCCGACACGGUGGGCAUUGUGUUGGAUCGGCUGGACAGGGCAGCAGCAUCGCAGCAGCGGCGUCUCAACGCUGUUCAAGGUCGCAUCUGCACCUGUGCCGGCUUCGUUGACCGCUUGCGAGGGCGACGCACGGCGACGCUACUGGAGAGCAAGCCUCGCUACCCUCAGCCCGUACCGCUCAAGUCCCGAGGCGGAGGGGGAGCGAAGGCGGCCAAGUCAAAGUGGGACGCACAGGGCAACGCAAAUGAUGCUGCUGCUGCUGCUGCCAUACUCAGCGGCGUCCCCUCAGCACUCAGCACGGCUCAUAGUCAUCGCUUCCUACGUCCACGUCGCUCAUCCCCGCUGCCACCAGUCGCACCUAGCUCCUGCAGCGAGUCCUCCACUGAUGACUCCGGCGACGACGCCUCACAGCAGCCGCACCCGCUCUCCUACCAGGCACCGAUGCGCACUGUUCCAGCUGUCCCCGCGCUCACCGCCCCCGAGCGAGCCACCGCUACAGCACACCACGUUUUAGUGCGGCGUGGCGACAGCGUCAGUGAUUUCAGCAGACCUCUUCCGCCCGUGAAUCCCGUCGCUGCCAUGCGACUGGCAGAGUCGAUGCCACUGGAGACGGUUCUCUUGGAAAGCGAGGACAGUAACGCCGUGUUAGUGGGGAACGGGGGCCGCGGCGAGGCAACUACUGGGCACGUGAACGAGCGGAGCAUGUUGACGAACGCAGCCUCAUCGCUGCCAGCUUCCUCCUCCUCUGCCCUUGCCUGGCAACCUCGCUCUCUGCCAGUCAUGCGAAACGGGCAGACCAUGCAUAACGCGGGCGAGAUGCCUCGCACACUCAGUGCCCUUGUAAGCUUCCCGGCACACCAGAUGGCUUACCGGCAUCUGGCGGCAGCAAACAGCAGCUGCGGUGGCAAUGUCGGUAGCGCGAUUGCGUCGGUGCAGCACGGCGCUCUCCUUCACAGCGACGCGUACAGCCCCGCAAGACGUACGACGACGGCGUGGCUGCACAGCGCCAGCAUGGUGGAAAUCGAGCUCGACUUCACUACACCGCUGCAGGCACAGCAGUACGCCUUCGUGCCUGGCGGCGACGCGGCGGCAGCGUCAUCGCGGGCGCUGUUGCGGGACAUGCCGCGAAACCUGCCGCUGCAGCAUCUGGCCACAGUGCGCCGCUGGGACCACGGCGGCGGUGAUCAGAAGCCUCGCAUUGGCGGUAGCACCGGCUCCGAAGACGACGUGGACGAAGGUGUCGAAGAACGCGAGGACGACAGCAGCCCCCGGUGGCAACGCCGUACGUCACGUCGAGACCCGCGCAACCUCGAGACCAUAGCCCCUAGCCAGCAGCAGCGACAGAGACGGGCUCAUCGUCGCCACACCCUCGGCGACGACGGCACCGUGUCAGAGGGGAGUAAUGACACUGCUGAGGAAGUGACCAGUGCCAGACACCGAGGACGUGAAAGCGGUCGAGCAAGACCCAAGCAACAGCAGACUUGCGAGACCAGCACCCAACCCACGGCCGCCGCGCCGUCCACUCUGCCUCCUGCGCCUCUACUGCAGGCACCACCACCGCCACCAGGGGUGACGCGCUCCACUACGGCACCACCACCGCCACCGCUCCCACAGGCGGCGUUGCUGCAAGGCAAGGCGAACCCGCCAAUGUUUCCGUUAGGGAGCGGUGGGGGCGCACCUCAGCGCCUGCCACCACCGCCGCCGCCGCCGCCGAGCUUUUCAGCGGAGCUGAGGUCUGCUGUCGGAAGUCGUCCACCCCCGCCAGUGACGCAGGUCAAGAUGGCGCCACCGCCGUCAUCCACAGCACCGCCGCCGCCACCAUUGCCACCGCCGCCGCCGCCGAGCUUGUCGCAACUCCCUGUUGGUGUGAGGCCAGAUGGCGGUCGUCCGGUAGUCUCACCCCCGGUGCAACGUGCUCCUCCACCACCACCCCCACCCCCACCACCACCACCACCGCCAUCCUCACAGAAACCCGCAGUCAGUGCCCUCACCUCUAUGCUAGGCGAGCGCCGCAGGGUCCUGCAUGGCGACGACUCAAGCAGCACCGGCAGUGACAGCGGUUUCAGCAACAAGAACACCGCUGCUCACGGGAAGCAGGCGGAUAGCCCCGACUCGUUAUCCUCUUCGACGUCUCCGCGUGCCAAUCCUACUGUGCGAGGUCGGUUGGUGAAUUCAGCGGUGCAACGGCUGCCACCACCGCCGCAGCUGGCCAGCAGCUCCUCUAGCGACGACGAAAGUGACUGGUGA